AUGUUUCCACUAAUUGGGAAGACAAUCGUGUUUGAUCACUUUCCUGAUCCUUCUGACACCUGGGAAAUCACUGACACCAUUGGCAAAGGCACUUAUGGGAAAGUUUUUAAAGUACUGAAUAAGAAAAAUGGCCAAAAAGCAGCAGUCAAAAUUCUGGAUCCAGUUCAUGACAUUGAUGAAGAGAUUGAAGCGGAGUAUAACAUCUUGAAAACACUUUCUGACCAUCCCAAUGUGGUCAAGUUCUACGGGAUUUACUUUAAGAAGGAUAAAGUCAACGGAGAUAAACUCUGGCUGGUCCUGGAGCUGUGCAGCGGAGGGUCAGUCACUGAUCUGGUGAAAGGACUCCUGAGGCGAGGGGAGAGGCUGGGCGAGCCUGUCAUUGCGUAUAUUUUACACGAGGCACUCAUGGGACUUCAACAUUUGCAUAACAACAAGACCAUCCACCGCGAUGUAAAAGGAAAUAACAUUCUACUGACCACAGAAGGAGGGGUUAAACUAGUAGAUUUUGGUGUGUCCGCACAACUCACCAGCACCCGGCACCGUCGGAACACAUCUGUGGGAACGCCGUUUUGGAUGGCCCCUGAGGUGAUUGCAUGUGAACAGCAGCUGGACACCACGUACGAUGCUCGAUGUGACACGUGGUCCCUGGGUAUCACUGCCAUUGAGCUGGGCGAUGGGGAUCCUCCACUAGCCGACCUGCAUCCCAUGAGAGCGCUCUUCAAAAUCCCAAGGAAUCCACCCCCAAAACUGAGGCAGCCUGAGCUGUGGUCUGCAGAAUUCAAUGACUUCAUCAGCAAGUGCUUGACUAAAGACUAUGAAAAGCGUCCAACAGUAUCAGAUCUCUUGCAGCAUAAAUUCAUUACUCAAAUCGAAGGCCAAGAUGUCGUGCUACAAAAACAGCUCAUGGAAUUCAUUGACACUCAUCACCGUGUGGGAGGCACAGAAAAGGCCAGACACGAACGGAUUCACACCAAGAAAGGGAACUUCAACAGGUCCUUCAUUUCCCAUCUAAAGGAUGUAGAUGAUUUAGCAACCCUAGAAGUUUUGGAUGAGAAUACUGUCUCAGAGCAACUUGAGAAGUGUUAUUCCAGAGAUCAGAUAUAUAUCUACGUGGGAGACAUACUCAUCGCCCUGAAUCCCUUUCAGCAUCUGGAUCUUUAUUCUACAAAGCAUUCCAGGCUCUAUAUUGGUGCCAAGAGAACUGUGAAUCCCCCCCACAUCUUCGCAAUGGCUGACCUAGGAUAUCAGUCUAUGGUAACAUACAAUUCUGACCAGUGCAUCGUUAUCUCUGGAGAAAGCGGCGCUGGGAAGACUGAAAGUGCUCACCUGUUAGUUCAGCAGCUGACGGUGCUCGGGAAGGCUAACAACAGAACCCUGCAAGAGAAGAUUCUGCAAGUGAACAAGUUGGUGGAAGCCUUUGGCAAUGCCUGCACAGUUAUAAAUGACAAUUCCAGUCGGUUUGGGAAAUACUUAGAAAUGAAAUUUACCUCUUCUGGAGCUGUAGUGGGAGCACAGAUUUCUGAAUACCUGCUGGAGAAGUCCCGAGUUAUUCACCAAGCCAUUGGAGAAAAAAAUUUCCAUAUUUUCUACUACAUUUAUGCCGGUUUGGCCGAGAAGAAGAAGCUGGCCCUGUACAAACUGCCCGAGAGCAGACCUCCCAGGUACCUACAAAAUGACCACCUCAGAACGAUACAAGACAUGAUGAAUAAUAGUUUCUAUAAAUCCCAGUAUGAAUUAAUCGAGCAGUGCUUCAAAGUCAUCGGUUUUACGAUGGAGCAACUUGGAAGUGUGUACAGUGUGCUUGCUGCCAUUUUGAACAUUGGGAACAUUGAAUUUUCUUCUGUGGCAACUGAACACCAGAUUGACAAGAGCCACAUUUCCAACCACGCAGCCUUGGAGAACUCUGCUUCUUUGCUUUGCAUUCAGGCAGAUGAGCUACAAGAAGCUCUCACCUCCCACUGCGUGGUCACUAGAGGAGAGACGAUCAUUCGGCCCAAUACUGCUGACAAAGCCGCUGACGUCAGAGAUGCGAUGGCUAAGACGUUGUACGGACGGCUGUUCAGCUGGAUAGUCAAUCGUAUCAACAGUUUGCUGAAGCAUGACACGUUGCAAAGUGGAGGAGAUGAGCUGAACAUUGGCAUCCUUGAUAUAUUUGGCUUUGAAAAUUUCAAGAAAAACUCCUUUGAGCAACUGUGCAUUAACAUUGCAAAUGAACAGAUUCAGUAUUACUUCAACCAGCAUGUGUUUGCGUGGGAGCAGAAUGAAUAUCUCAAUGAAGAUGUUGACGCUAGAGUUAUUGAAUAUGAGGAUAACCGGCCCCUCUUAGAUCUGUUUCUGCAGAAGCCAAUGGGUUUACUCUCCCUACUUGAUGAAGAAAGUAGAUUUCCCAAGGCUACAGACCAGACUCUCAUAGAAAAAUUUGAAGGCAACUUGAAAUCUCAGUACUUCUGGAGACCCAAAAGAAUGGAACUUAGCUUUGGAAUUCACCAUUAUGCUGGAAAGGUCCUCUACAGCGCAAGCGGGUUCUUAGCUAAGAAUAGAGACACUCUUCCAACUGACAUCGUGCUACUUUUGAGGUCCUCAGAAAACAGUGUCAUUCGGCAACUUGUCAACCACCCUCUGACAAAAACAGGUAAUCUGCUACAUUCUAAAACCAAAAACAACAUGAACUAUCAAAUGAGGACUUCAGAGAAAUCCGCCAACCUGACCAAAGACGAAGCUGGAGAAGGCCCACGUCACGGCCGAGAAACAACCAACAUGAAAACACAAACAGUUGCCUCGUAUUUCAGAUAUUCCCUGAUGGAUUUGUUAUCUAAAAUGGUAGUGGGCCAACCUCAUUUUGUCCGUUGCAUCAAACCGAACAAUGAACGUCAGGCAAGAAAAUAUGACAAAGACAAAGUUCUGGUGCAGCUUCGCUACACAGGAAUCCUGGAAACAGCAAGAAUUCGGAGGCAAGGGUACUCGCAUCGCAUACUUUUUGCCAACUUUAUCAAGCGGUACUAUGUUCUCUGCUACAAGUGCAGCGAAGAGCCCCCCGUGAGCCCCGACACCUGUGCUACCAUUUUGGAAAAAGCUGGUCUCGACAACUGGGCUCUUGGAAAAACAAAGGUGUUUCUUAAAUACUACCAUGUGGAACAGUUAAACCUAAUGCGAAAGGAAGCCAUCGACAAGCUGAUUUUGAUUCAAGCCUGUGUCAGAGCUUUCCUGGGUUCAAGAAGAUACAAAAAAUUCCAGGAGAAAAGGAAAGAAAGUGCCAUCGUCCUACAGUCAGUGGCAAGAGGACAUCUGGUCAGGAAACAGAGAAGGGAGAUUGUCAACGGAAAACAUACAGCAGUGACCACCAUCCAGACUUGUGACCAGGAGUUUGACUACAGGAAAAACUUUAGAAGUAAAAGGGAAUCUUUCGGGAUGAAACAAGCAGAGAACACAGUCUUUCCUGAGGAACCCACCAUCCCAGCGCCACGUGAGAGAGGGCCCGCGUCUCUAGUGACAACCUCCACGUUCAAAGCCCAGGAGGAGGCCACCAACACUGGGGAGCAAAGCAACAGAGAAUCUCCAACUCAGAACAAAAUGCAGAGUGCAUGUGGGGAAGAGGCUAAGCGAGAGUCGUACGUCACAGGAAACCUCAGCCCCAAACAGAACAUCAGAGACCAGGAAGAGAUCGGUCAGCCCAGGAGGGCAGAGAGAGAGGGUGCCGAGAUGCAGAAUCUCUCUCGGAGGUUCACAGAGGCUGGGAAUGUGGAAGACUCAAAGGCAGCACAGGUGCAGAGGAAGGGCGCACAGAAAGUGUCAAGCUACCCAAGGCUUGGGCCAGCCGAGAGUGAGACAACUUUGGAACCUACUCCCAGCCAAAGGCCCCUUUAUCAAAAUGCAAAGAGCGAGGAGAGACUCUGCCAGAGGCAUGGGACAGCCCAGGAGGUGCUGGCAGAACCAGCUGCACAGGCCCAGGAGGCAGACCAAGCAGCCAUGUUCAUUCAGAGCAGAUACCGUGGGUACAAGAGAAGGCAGCAGGUCCCCGGGGACAGGGCAUCCCCUCCUGGGAGCCCAAAGGCUGAAGGAACAAGGAGCACUCACAAUCUGUAUUCCUCUUCCACCAAGCGUGGGGAGUCCUGCAGCGCCAAGACCAAAGGGGGCAAAGACGCCAAAGUGGUGUCAGAGAAAGCAGCCUGGGAUGUGGUCACCUUCUCAAAACAGAUAUCAAAGUUAUCUGAAGACUAUUUCAUUCUGCAGAAAAGAGUGAAUGAAAUGAUUUUAUCACAGCACCUGAAGCCGCUUCAUCUGGGUGUCUAUCCCCAUAAGGCAGCUAACAGACGAGUCUCUUCCCAGCUGUGCCUCUCAGGUAUCUCUAAAGGAGAGGAGCCAAGACUACUGAGACCCCCACGACGACCCCGGAAACCCAAAACAUUGAAUAACCCUGAAGACUCCACCUACUAUUACCUACUCCAUAAGUCAAUCCAAGAAGAGAAAAGAAGACCAAGAAAAGACAGUCAGGGGAAAUUAUUAGAUCUGGAAGAUUUCUAUUAUAAGGGAUUUUUGACCAGCUGCCCUGCACCAAAGGAACAAAAUCCUAGUCUCAGAGAACAAAGACCUCAGCAAGACCUCCAGAACCAAUGUUUCAAGGCGAAUGACAGGUGCUGGGUGGCGGAGACCCCCGACGAGGGGGACAGUGGGCCAGCAGCCAACCCCUUUGACUACAGGAGGCUCCUGCGCAAAACUUCCCAGCGCCAGCGCCUUGUACAACAGUUGUAG